AUGGUCCCUUUACUUCCAAUUCUGCUUAAGAGUUGCUUGAGAGGCAUAGAUGGGGUGAGGCUCUUAUUGAAGAGUUGGUUGGCUUGGCCCUCAAAGGAUCAAAAUGCAUCUAUGGCUUAUUGCUCAUCAAAGACUAAUGACCAAUAUUGGCCUUCGUUAUCCCGACAUAUUGUUGAUUCGGCUUGUUAUGUUGACGGCCCCAAUAUGGAGGAGAAUCCUUACAUGUUUAUGGGACUACUAGCAUGCUCGAUCUAUUUGGAGAAAACUUGUUUAGCUAGAUGUGUGGGCUUUGGAAAGGAAGGAACCAUAGGACUUUUAGAUGUGACAACUACUCUGAAAUUUACUUCGAGUUGGUCUUCUUUGAAGCAGGAAACUUUAGUCUCUUGGGUUAAACCUAGGGAGCAGUGGGUGCGAGUGAACACAAAUGGAGCUAGGAAGCAUAGUUCUGGAGUUGCUAGUGCUGGUGGUCUAAUUCGUGACAGUUUAGGAAGAAGUCUUAAUUAUAAGCAUGUGAAGUUAGAGAUUGAUUCAGCUAUGUACGUUCAGGCUACUAAAGGCUCUUCAAGUUGUAUUACAGAAGACCCUCUAUUCAAGGAGAUUAUUCAGCUUCUCCAUCGGGAUUAG